AUGGUCGGAGUCCCACCAACGAAGCACGAAAUAGUGACAGUUCUAAACAAACUGAAAUCUCUGCCAUGUAACAAGCAAUGUUUUGAUUGUGGUGCUACUAAUCCCACAUGGGCCAGUGUAACUUAUGGAGUUUUUCUUUGCAUCGAUUGUUCAGCAGUUCAUCGUUCCCUUGGGGUUCACCUUAGCUUCAUUCGUUCCACUCAACUGGAUACUAAUUGGUCUUGGGUUCAACUGCGUGCUAUGCAAGUAGGGGGAAAUCAAAAUGCAUUGUCGUUCUUCACGCAGAAUAACUGCCGUUCGUUGGACGCACAAGAGAAGUAUCAAAGCCGGGCUGCUCAACUUUACCGAACUAAACUGGAGAAGUUAGCCGUUGAAGCAGUUAAAACUCAUGGCAACAAAUUGAUCAUAGAAGCAGAUGAAGAGAAAGGAAAAUGUGAUAAAGUGGCCGAUUUUUUCGAGCUCCACACAGAAUGUAUUUCGGAUAACGAUAUGAGGCCUGACAGGCCUGCUGCAGUAGUUCCAAAGGUGACUUCGGAAGAAAAAACAAUCGGACCAACUGUCGAUAAUUUAUUCAAUUCCCCAACGUCUGACUCCACUUUUUCCAAGACAACCUCAGUAAUCGGCGGUCGAAAAACAAACACUAAUCGGCUUGGGGCCAAAAAAGGUGGUUUGGGUGCAGCAAAGGUGAAAACGGAUUUCUCGGCGAUAGUUUCAGCUGCUGAAAAUGCCGAUGCACGGAAAGAAAGUCAACUCCAAUCAACCAAGCAUGAUGUUGAAGAUCAGGAGAAAACUGACAAUGAACGAAUUGCGUCGCUUCGCUUAGCCUAUAAAGAUAUCACUGAUGAAUGCGAAAAACAAGAUGCUGUCAAUGCGAAGUCUACAGAUCCACAACGAGCUAAACAGGCCGAGCGCCUUGGUAUGGGUAAAAUUGGAUCGGGUAAUAGAGAAAUAUCUCAUUCAGCAUUUGCAAAUGUUCAAAGGAUAGAACAGGAGAAUUCAGAACCUACUCACAUUUCAUCAUCGACCAGUUCAGCUAUGGAUCCCUUCUUCACCUCAAGUUAUGGUAGUCGAGAUCGUGAUACAAAUAACUUUUUCCGUUCCACGGAUGAUCAUUUAUUCGGAGGUUCAACAGCUUCUUCGGGCAUUAAUGGGGAAUGGUCAAAAGGCAAGCAAAGAGGUGAUGAAUGGGAUGAAUAUUUCUCGGAUCCUUUCGAUCGAAAAUCAAGAAAGACACAAAACUAUUCUGGUACGGAGGAUGUCAGCAAUAAGUCACCUAGUAGGCAACCUUCAAGCCUGUCAUCAUCUGUCAAGCCAGAUACAAAAUCAAAUUCCGAUGAGUUGAUCAAAAAGUUUGCUAAUGCAACUUCUAUAUCAUCAGAUGCAUUUUUUGAUCGAGAUGAGUCUGAGUCUGAUGGACUGUCAAGAUUCCAAGGCAGUUCAUCAAUUUCUAGUGAUGAUUAUUUUGGUCGUCCUAAGGUAAAACAAUCUCAGAUGUCUAAUGAACUGCAAAAUAUCAAAGAUGGUGUUAAACAAAGUGUGACCAAAGUUGCUGGUCGUCUGUCACAUCUGGCGAAUGAUAUGGUUCAUACGCUCCAGGAUCGUUUUGGUUGA